AUGUUUGGAAGCAGCAACACCUUCGACCCCAACACUGACAUUCCUGAUCUUGCAGGCAAGGUCUAUGUCGUGACAGGUGGAUCUGCUGGUAUCGGUUUCGGUAUCUGCGCACACAUUCUUCAGCACAACCCUGCCGCCCUUUACCUCCUCGGCAAGAAGGAGGAGCACAUCAAGGAAGCCGUAGAAGGACUCGAAAAGUAUGGCGAUGUUUCAAAGGUCCACACCAUGCAAAUCGAGCUCGAAGACUUGAAGCAGACCGACGAGGUAGCCAAGGAGCUCGCUUCGAAACUCGACAGACUUGACGCUCUCGUCUGUAACGCUGGACUCGGUGUUGGUGUCUUUAACCUCACCAAAGAUAAUAUCGACUCCCACAUGCAAGUCAACCACAUUUCCCAGUUUCACCUGGCCCAGACUCUGCUUCCUCUACUACAGAAAACUCCUAAUUCUCGCCUUGUCUUGCAAUCGUCGGACCUUCAUCGCGGUAUCAGUGAUGUCAAGUUCGAGUCGAUCGAGGAGCUCAACCAAGACAUCGGUCCCAUGAUGCUCUACAACAGAACCAAGCUUGCUCAAGUUCUCUACAUCCGUGCUCUGGCAGCCCGCAAGGAGAAGGGUCAACUGGGUUUCGAUGCCGACAAGAGCACAGGACCUUGGUUGAAUGCUGUGCACCCCGGCGGUGUUCAGACCGACCAACAGAAGCAGGCCGUCGACGCUUACGGAACUCUCGGUGCAAUCGGUGUUGCAGCGGUGAAGCCUUUCUUGAAGGACCCUGUCGACGCCGGAUGUCGCCCAGCACUCUUUGCAGCGACCAGCGAAGACAUCGUUAAGGAUAGCGUCCAAGGACAAUACAUUGUGCCCGACCGCAAAGUCACUGAUCCCUCAAGCCAGGCUUGCGACCAGCAACUCGGCGAAAACUUGUGGCAACUGACCGAGAAGAUCAUUGUUAGCAAGUUGGGCAAUGCUGUGCCAUACAAGCUUCAAUACGCUUAG